AUGUCCUGCCAGGACCGGCUCAAUCAAAUCCAAGAUCGGCUCAGCUUUGAAGAGAGAUCGAUGCUCGAGGCACUGCUGAAGCAGAUGGGUGGGACUUCCCUCGACAAGAUGGGUCUCCUCAACGCCCUUCGAUGGUGGGUAUUGGGUUCCCACAAUCCGACUGGCCUGAACGACAUUGCUCUGCACACCAGACUGCGCAGCGGUAAUGGCACUUUGCACAGACGAAUUUUUGAGCACGCAGUCUCGUCUGGAAAUCUAUCAUACAGCUUCAACUCAGCAGUCAGUAAGGUAGUGGACACGGGUGAGUAUGUCACAGUGUUUUCCAAAAACGGCCAAUCGUGGAAAACCAAGUCGGUUAUUGCAACUGUUCCGCUGAACGUGUUGACCGAUAUCGAAUUCUCGCCGGUGCUUCCAACUGCGAAAGUUGAGGCCAGCCGUCAGGGUCAAGUCAACUUGUGCAAUAAGCUGCACGUUGCCCAUGACUGGGUCAAUGACGACUUUGCCAAGGGUACUUGGUGCUAUAUGGCACCGGAGUUUACGCAGAAAUAUGUUGCUGCCCUGCAGAAGCCGCAUGGAAAUAUCUUGUUUGCUAGCGGGGAUUAUUCCGAGGGCUGGCGGGGUUGGAUCGAUGGUGCUGUGCAAGCAGGUAUGGAAGCGGCUCACACGGUCAUUCAGCUUCAGCGCAAGAAUCUGAAGGAGAACGGCGGAAGGAACGUCAACGGCAUCAAUUCUACGAAGAUUUGA